UAUGUACAUCAGCUGAUUCUCCCACUCUCUCAUUUUUCAACAAACAGUGUACUCGAAUCACACCGACUAGACUCUAGUCACUAGAUAAUAGAAUUGGCUACGUCGUACUGUUUUUUCCAGCAUUGUCAACAAAGAAGUCAUCGUGCACGAGCAACGACAACAUCGUGAAAGCUAAUGGCAAAUCAUGAAAUUGUCAGAUCGAAAAGCUGGUUUUGGGAAUGGUUUAACUGGUCUGGCUCAUCUUCAACUAUGUUACGUGCUGCGGAGAAGAAAAUUCUUUCUUGUUUGAGAACUGCAUAUCGAGGAUGGUAUGUAGACAUAGGACCAGUUGUAGGAACAUCAGAUAAAAUAUGGACCAUUUCCUUAAAUGAAGAAUCACCAAAGACACCAAUUGUUUUGUUGCAUGGUUUAGGAGCUGGUGUAGCAUUAUGGUGUUUAAAUCUUGAUGCAUUGGCUUCUCAUAGGCCAGUGUAUGCAAUUGAUAUAUUAGGUUUUGGAAGAAGUAGUCGUCCUGCUUUUAGUAAUGAAGCACAAGAAGCUGAAAGUCAAUUGGUUCGUUCUAUUGAGGAAUGGAGAAGGGAAAUGCAAUUGGAAAAAUUUGUGUUGUUGGGCCAUUCAAUGGGUGGUUUUCUUGCAGCUUCAUAUAGUAUGCAAUAUCCUGAAAGAAUUAAACAUCUGAUUCUUGCUGAUCCUUGGGGAUUUCCUGAAAGACCUGUAGAACGAAUUUCCAGAGCUCCCAUGUGGGUAAAAGUUAUAGCAUAUAUAAUGGAACCAUUAAAUCCAUUAUGGCCAGUUAGAGUAGCUGGUCCAUUUGGACAGUGGUUAAUUGAAAAAACGAGGCCAGAUAUAGUAAAAAAAUUUUCACCUGUAUUAAAAGAUGAUACUGCUGUAAUUUCGCAGUAUUUGCAUCAGUGUAAUGCUCAAACACCAUCCGGUGAAAGUGCGUUUCAUGCAAUGAUGCAACAUUUUGGUUGGGCCAAAAAUCCUAUUGUCAGAAGAAUGGAUAAAUUAAGUCCAGAAAUUCCUAUAACUCUUUUGUAUGGUAGUCGAUCUUGGGUCGACAACUCCUCUUGGGAAACACUUAAGCAAGCUAGAUCAUCGUCAUACAUCAAUGUUCAGGCAAUCACAGGAGCAGGACAUCAUGUUUAUGCCGAUAAAAGUGAAAUUUUUAAUAAAUAUGUAUUAGAAGCAUGUAAUCUAAGUGAUUCGAGACAUUUAACAGUAUCAGAUAUUCGUUCAAACAUUAAGACCAUAAAUGAGCAACAAAUUUCACUUAUCUUAGCAAACGAGGAAGUUGAUUCUAAGGCCGUGCAAGAACAGGAAUUAAAUACGUCGCAAACACGAUCUAGUUAAAAUUUUAUUAUUAUAUCGUAUUUCUUUGAUUUUAAAAUACAGUUGGCCAAACUGUAUGACUUAUGUGAUUUAGAUUAGGUGUACAUGUACUGCGAUAUACCAAACAA